AUGUGCAACCCCAAAACUCAUCGCUGGCAUUAUUCUAGAUUUACCAUCUUUGUGAACCGCCGUGACCAGCGUCCCUGCUCAAAAAGCAAGAAGAAGAAGAAGGGAUCGAGCGACAAGCUGCGCAAAUUGGAUGCCGUGUCUCCGGCUCGAACUCUAGAAGAAUGGCGUUCGAAAUCGAAAGGGCCCCUUUUACCCACCGAGGGAGUUGAUGGUCAAUUUGUGUGCGUUGUUUGCCUUGAAUCUGUUCUACCGUCUCAGGAGAUCCGGGAGCUCAAGUGUCUGCACGUCUUCCACAAGGAAUGUCUGGAGAAAUGGUAUCUGCAGGACCAUUUCAAUUGUCCGCUCUGUCACAGAGCGUACUAUUUUCAGGAAACGCAUCCGAGUAAUGACUUUGUAUGGAUGGUAUGA